CCUCGUCGUGCGAUGCUGUGGAGACGCAUUCUGCACACGGCCUGGGACUGGGACUAGCAUAACCAACGGUCGUGGUCGGCCGUCCAAACCAUCAUCUAUCCCCUGCGCCGCGGCGGGAUCCCAUCUCUCCCGACUCCGUCUCCUCCCGGCGCGCCACCGAGCCAUGGCCACGCUCCUCCUCCAUCGUCACCACCUCCACCCGCAGCGUCGCCCCUACUCCCCCGGCCCGCUGCCUCCUCGCCUCCGCUUGCCCAGUCGGCCGCCGAGGCCCCGCCACCGCCUGCUCCCCCGCGCGGCAGCCAGCAGUGCCACCGCGGCAGCGUCCGCGCUGCAGGACUUCCGGCGCUGGCUCUCAUCCCACGGCGCGGGCGAGGGAAAGGCCUUUCCGGCCGCCGUGCAGGAGGGCCUCGGCCUCGUGGCGUCGCGGGACCUGCCGCGCGGUGAGGUCGUCGCGGAGGUGCCCAAGAAGCUCUGGAUGGACGCCGACGCCGUCGCGGCAUCCGACAUCGGCCGCGCGUGCGGCGGCGGGGACCUCCGUCCGUGGGUCGCCGUCGCACUGCUCCUGCUCCGGGAGGCCGCGCGCGGGGCGGACUCGCCGUGGGCGCCCUACCUCGCCAUCCUCCCGCGCCAAACCGACUCCACCAUCUUCUGGUCAGAUGAAGAGCUCCUAGAGAUACAAGGAACACAGUUACUGAGCACAACAAUGGGCGUGAAAGACUAUGUGCAGAGUGAAUUUGAUAGUGUUGAAGCUGAUAUCAUAAGUGCGAACAAGGACCUCUUCCCUGGCACCAUAACAUUCGAUGAUUUCCUGUGGGCAUUUGGAAUACUCAGAUCAAGGGUGUUUCCAGAGCUCCGUGGCGAUAAGCUUUCUCUCAUACCAUUCGCUGAUCUGGUUAAUCACAGUCCUGAUAUUACCUCAGAAGGAUCCUGUUGGGAGAUUAAAGGAAAGGGCCUUUUUGGUAGGGAACUCGUGUUCUCUUUGCGAGCACCAGUGGAUGUUAAAUCUGGAGAACAGAUAUAUAUUCAGUACGACCUGGACAAGAGUAAUGCCGAAUUAGCGCUUGAUUACGGGUUCAUUGAAUCAAAUCCACGAAGGGAUUCAUAUACUGUUACCCUGGAGAUAUCUGAAUCUGAUCCAUUUUAUGGAGACAAGCUUGACAUUGCAGAGCUAAACGGGCUAGGGGAGACUGCAUAUUUUGAUGUUGUCCUCGAUGAACCCCUUCCUCCUCAAAUGCUUCCUUACCUGCGAUUACUUUGCAUUGGUGGAACAGAUGCAUUUCUCUUGGAAGCACUCUUUAGGAAUUCAGUUUGGGGCCACCUUGAACUGCCUGUGAGUCCUGACAACGAGGAAUCAAUAUGCCAGGUCAUCCAAGAUGCCUGCAAAUCUGCCAUUGCUGCCUAUCACACCACAAUAGAGGAGGAUGAAGAACUAUUGCAGAGAGAAAAUUUGCAGUCCAGACUAAAAAUUGCUAUUGGAGUAAGGGUCGGUGAAAAGAAAGUACUUCAGCAAAUUGAUGAUAUUUUUAAGCAGAGGGAGGAAGAAUUGGAUGGUCUUGAGUAUUACCAGGAAAGAAGACUCAAGGAUCUUGGUUUAGUUGGCGACAAUGGUGAAAUUAUUUUUUGGGAAUCCUAGACAGUUUUUGAAUUGUGCCAUUUUGCUGCAUUGAACUAAUGAAAAAAAAAAGAAUUCUGACUCAGUUAUCAAGCAUUGCAUGGUAAAAUGGUAUGCACACUUCUGUUAUAUAAUCAGUAAAUAAUUAGAAAAAUUGAAUCAUCAUCGGCAUCUAAAAGAAUACAAUAUCAUCAAUCAUAGUUCUAUCAGGUGAAUAACUGUAUUCAUAUUCACUUAAAUACAUGUGGACAUCUUCUCACUAGCGCAUCUGGCAACAAACUUGACUACUGCCACUAAAGCUGUACAAUAUCUAAAGGUGGUAUGGGCCUUAUGGUUAA